GAAAAUGGCGACUCGAGAGUCUCGUGAAGUAACCCGACAAGAAGAGAAUUUUUUUCUCGCGCUGUUCGAUAAAGUUGUUGAAAUAAUUAACAAUGGGCGAGUGCCAGACUCCGAAAUAGAAGAAAGCAUCCGAAAGAUUAUUACUUAUUUUAGGGAAAAUAGAGGGCCAAGAAGUGCCUGCGCAAAUUAUAAUUUCUCGAGUCUUGCAGAUUUCUUGGGUUUUUUUUACCGUUAUUCUCCCUUAUCGGCGGGUAUAACGCGAAAUAAAACUUUAGAUGCGAUUAAUAGCUGUAAAGAAUUGAAGGAAUGUUUCAACAAAUCAUCAUUGAUGGUGGUUAAUGUUGGGGGUGGAGCAGGCAGCGAUUUAGUGGGACUGUACAGUGCCCUUCAUGAAAAUUCUACUUUUCUAGAAAUGGAAAUAACACUGAUUGAUCAGUACAGCGAAUGGCGAGAAUACUUCGGACAAGUGAAUGAUUUACUUCGUGGCGGCGAUUUCGGAAAUUCUAGUCUUUUGAUGAAGAAUAGGAAAAUGACUACUUCUUUUAUUACUGCUGACCUGAGGACAGAAAUGACCCCUGACUGCGCAGAUGCUUUGCAAAAAGCAGAUUUAGUUUGGAUGAAAGGAUUUCUUUCCACUCUUGAAGAUGAUUUUAUGCAAUCUGCCGUAACCAUGAAUAUUAUAUCGUCAAUGGUUCCUGGAGCCUUACUGGUGGUUAUGGAUUCUCCUUCUUAUAAUAGAUUUGAUGAGUUCAUCGACGGAAACCAGCUACGAAAUGUAUUUAUACAAGAGGAGGGUCGUUACAAUCUGAGUUCAAUUUCUGACUCUAGGUACCCGAUUUCCCUGUCCAGCAAUCAAGAAAUAUUCAUAUUUGAGAAAAUUUGAAAACAGAAAACAACAGCGAGCAAAAUAAAUGCUAUUCUUUUCAUUCUAUUUUUAUGCGCUGCUUUAAUUCGCAAUGUAUUCAAAUAUUGUUAAUGUAAUAAUUUCUGUUAUUAAUACUUUUUAAAUUUGUUAGUUUCUUGGAGCUCCUUAAUUAAUUUCCUUAAUAAAUAUCUUGAUUUCGCAUGA